CUUCGGUCAUAACGUUAAGAUAAAAACAAUGAGCGAGAAUCCAAGUACAAAAGAUAACGCUGUAAAAGUGGGUUUUAGCGUGUGGGCUUCUCUGUGCCUUUUUCUUUGUAUUUGGUUGGUCAGCGGGUUUAUUAGAGGAAGAAGGCGCUUUUCCACCAAUCUACACGUUAUCGAAGAUGGACUUAAAAAAAUGCAAGAGGAACUGGACUUCAAAAUGAGGCAAAACAGUAUCGGUUACAUCGAAGAUCUGGAUGUGAUUUUAAAUAAGAUGUCGCCGAGUGAUCUAAGGGAAUGUUUACUGAAGGAGGAUGAGAAGGAAAAAAUUAAAGAAGAUAACGAAGAAGAAACUGAAACUCUUCUAACUAAAGAAAGGCUUAAUGCGGACUUGCCUGAAGACAAAGAAGAAGAACUGAAGAAAAUUAAUUAAGUAUUAUUAAUUUAAUUUAUGUUAUAAAAU